AUGAGUGAGUGUAGAUAUUUUUACCGUAUGACAGCCACGAAAUCUUCGACUCAGAUUCCAGUGGACAAUUUAGAAGUUUAAAUUUGUCGCAGACUAACAGUUUUGUGGUGUUUGGUUACAUUAGCACAUAUAGUGCGAGGUAGUGUUUCUAAAGUAUACAAUUAAGCGUGACAAAGCUGCCAAAUUUAAGUGCAAACCUGACCAAGUCGCGAAUCUAAACAUCAUUUUGUACCAGAAAGGUCACACCAACACCACCACCAACCGAACGAGGAUUGUCUGGCCGUCUGUCUGGCUCCAAUGUUUCGAGCAGCGGCAGGCAGCAGUUCGACGAACAUUUCUUUCAUGUCUGGCCGUAGCAGCUCCAGUGCGUUCCAAGUGUUGCAACAAAACAGGCCUUAAAACGGCGUUCGGAGUGUUGUGUUACGAACCGGCAGCGCGCCAACCCGGAUGUUGAGGCGUAUUGCGUACGCGGUUCAAGUCCAAGAAGUGGUGUCCAAUUUCGAUUGAAGAAUCAGUCAGUAUGAUGCGUUCAUAAGGCUUGCCUGAAAAGGAAUCGGAGUUGUGGCCGCAGCUGUGUUGAAAAGGGGCCUGGAAGCUACCUCCGGAACCGGCUGGUAUGACCUGCGGUGCAGAACGGGCCUCGGAGUGACGCGACAAACGGAAGUUUCGGGCCGAUUUCCGAGUGGCGGAGCAAGUAAUAGCAAGAAUGCGUACCAUUCUAUUCAUAGCAGCCAGUCUCGCGAUAUUCACGGUCCAGCUGGAUGCGGCGCUCAGCCGGAGCAGCAACCCCGAAGCGGUGCCGAACGGGGCCAGCGGGCUGGUUUGCGAGUCGUACGCGUGCAAGGAUGGCGACUGUACGGUCGGCGUGGAGACCUGCGAUUCGGACGGCGAGCCGGACAAACCGGUCGGCUGUUUCGUCGUGUGGAGCACCAACAAUGUGACGAACGAGGUCAAAGUGACGAUGAAGGGUUGCUUCACCAACCCGAGCGAGUGCAACAACACCGAGUGCAUCGACACGACGCUCGGCACCAAGAACCUCAACUACUGCUGCUGUCGGGCCAACAUGUGCAACCGGGAGCACAAGUGGAUCCCGGAGGCGACCAAGCCGCCCGAGCAGAUUACGAACAACGUGCCGCACGAGGCGACCUUUAACUUUGUGUGGCUCACGAUGUCCGUUUCGUUGGCCAUUCUGGUGGUGUUCGGGGCGUACAUGUUCUUCCGCCACCGGAAGCCGUCCAUGUUUAAUGAGAUUCCUACGAUUGAACCGGAGAUUACGAGUUCCUCGCCAAAUCUAGCCCAGCGGCCGAUUCAGUUGAUUGACCUGAAGGCCCGCGGUCGGUUCGGAGUGGUGUGGAAGGGCCAACUUCACGCCCAGGAGGUGGCCGUUAAGAUUUUUCCCAUGCAGGAGAAGCAGUCCUGGAUUACGGAGCAGGAGAUUUUCAAACUACCUCGUAUGAACCACCCUAACAUUCUGCAGUUCAUCGACUGCGAGAAGCGCGUCGAGCUGAACAACACCGACUUUUGGCUGAUCACGGCCUACUGCAACCACGGGUCGCUGUGCGAUUACCUCAAGUCGCACACCGUUACGUGGCAGGAGUUGUGCCGGAUCGCGGAGAGCAUGUCCCGCGGGUUGAUGCACCUGCACGAGGAGAUCCAGAGCAGCAAGACGGAAGGGCUGAAGCCGUCGAUCGCCCACCGGGACUUUAAGAGCAAGAACGUGCUGCUGAAGGACGACUUGACGGCGUGCAUCGCCGAUUUUGGACUGGCGCUGAUAUUUACACCGGGAAAACCCUGCGGCGACACCCACGGCCAGGUCGGCACGCGCCGCUACAUGGCGCCGGAGAUCCUGGAGGGGGCGAUCAACUUUACGCGCGACGCGUUCCUCCGCAUCGACGUGUACGCGUGCGGGCUCGUGCUCUGGGAGCUGGUGUCCCGCUGUACGGUGCACGGCGGACCGGUCGAGGAGUACCGGUUGCCGUUCGAGGCCGAGCUGGGGUCGCACCCGACGCUGGAGGAGAUGCAGGAGAACGUGGUCACGAAGAAGCUGCGACCGCGCAUCUACGACCACUGGCGGAAUCAUAAUGGCCUGAACGCGCUGUGCGACACGAUGGAGGAGUGCUGGGACCACGACGCCGAGGCCCGGCUCUCGUCGUCCUGCGUGAUGGAGCGGGUGUCCCAGCACGGCCGCUACCAGGCCCACACGCCGCUGCUCAUCGAGACGAACACGACGAACGACCUGCCGCCCAAGGUCGCGGUGGAGAGUGUUUAAGGGGAUGGCUUAAAAGAAGAAGAAAAAGAAGUAUAGUUUACGUGUCUGAGAGAGUCUGUUUUAAUUAUGAGAGAGAGAUUUUAAGUUGGUCCUCUUGGCUAAGAUUUUUUAUAAGAUUAAAAAUAAUGCGGAAAAGUAUAUCAAAAAAGGAAGAACGGAUAGCUCGUAGUGGACAAAUUUGACGAUAUUGAGUGACGAAGCAGAGCAGUGGAUAAACCUUUAUUUCAUGUUAAAAUAAUAAAACAAUAAAAACAAAGCAAGAAAGCAAUAUCACAGGAAACGACUUGUUGCAUUUGAAAAGAGAACAGAUCUCUAAGAUUGUCGGCAUGGAACGUUCAAAGUUCCAAUAUGAUUGGUGAGGCCUUUCCGCAGAGUGCGAAAUCAACAAAGAGAAAGAAGAUUAGUGAACUGCUACAAAGUGGAAACAAACAAAAACAAAUCAAUAAACAUUGUUGUUGUAUAACAAAAACGGAAAUCGUCUCAGUGAUCUUUAUUCUCGGGCCGCAUGACCGGGGAAGAGUUUUUAAAUACUUUUACAUUUAUUGUGAACAUUUAAUCAUCUAUAUCCAGAAGAAGAGUUAAACAAAAAAUAUAAAGAAGUACAUAACGCAUACGGAAGAUAUAAUUAGGGGUUGCGCAUUUCGUAAGACUAAGAAAGUUUCGAGGAAUGCACUCUGUGGCGCACCGCAGCAGAGCUUGUGGCAGCAUAUAAAUUGCAUAAAUAAGAUAUAUUUUUGUAAGAAUUUUCCUCCAAUAUAGUACUUGUAUGCCAUGAUUAGAUCAAUAAAGAUUAUUCUAAUAGCGUUAGUACACCUCA